AUGUUUCGGAGCACAAAGCUUCAUGGAUCCGACGGCGAUGCCGCCAAGGGCGAGAAGACCACGACAAAGAAGAAGAAGGCCAAGGCAGACACUGGACUGGGCGAGAGGGGCAUGAUGGAGGCCGUGGCAGCUGACGUCGACACGCCAAUCACCGUCCAGGAGCCGUCGGAGAAGAAGGAAGAGGUAGUGCAGCCUGCUGGCCCCAGUGACGAGGAGCUUGCAAAAGCCGCCGAAAUGAAGAAGGCCAAGGAGAAGGCCUCGGCAGAGUUGAACGAGGCCUCGGCGGCCGGAGACGUGAAGAGGCUGGAGGCAGCACUGGAGAAAGCUCGCAGCGUCGAGGUCUCCGGGGCGGAGAUCGAAGCUGCGAGCAAGGUGCUUGCUGCAGAGCAGCGAAAGCAGGAGGGUCGGAAGAAGCUUCAGGCUGCCAAGGAGUCCGGCAACGUCGACGUGCUGAAGGCAGCCUUGGAGGAUGCCAAAGCCGCGGGGCUGAGCCCCACGGAGCUGAAGGCCGUGGAGGACUUGAUUGCUGCGGCCGAGUCGAAGGAAAAGGUGGAGGCUGCGCUGAAGACCGCGACUUCGGAGCGCAACGUCCAAAGCUUGAAGUUCGCCAUUCAGCAGGCCAAGGAGGCGAACAUCGAUGCCGCCCUUAUUCAGGCUGCCGAGGAAGUCUUGCGGGUGGAAGAACCCAAGCUUCUUGCUCGAGAGCAGUUGGCGGAGGCUUGCCAGCAGGUGACGAAAGCUGGCUUGAUAGCUGCGAUAUUGGCUGGCAAGAAAGCCAACCUCGAUGCUGGAGAGUAUGCCAAGGCAGAGGAGCUGCUGAGGCGUGAGGAGGAGAAGGAGAAGCUGCUGAAGCGCGUCAAUGAGGUGCUGGCAGAGUCGCAGCAGGUGGACAUGAAGAGCAUCGAUGCUCUCAGAGAGAUGCGAGAGAAGCUGCAGACUUCGUUGAAGGAAGCACUCGCAGCCGGUGUCGCCGAAUCUGACCUCGUAGCCAUCGACCAGCGGCGCAAGAAGCUUCACAAUGCCGUGGAGGACUUGAAAGGCUCCAUCCGCGUCUUUUGCCGGGUCCGGCCCCUGAGCAAAAAGGAGACGGGCCAGGGCGAUACCAGCAUCUGUGAGGCCGUGGACCAGAUGACGGUGAAGGUGAAGGACGAGCAGUUCGCCUUCGACGCCGUCUUCACUCCUGGCACACAGGAGGAGGUCUUCGAGGAUUGCCGCGACCUCGUGCAGUCGGCAGCCGAUGGCUACAACGUGACCAUGUUCGCGUACGGUCAGACCGGGGCGGGCAAGACCUUCACGAUGUACGGAGCCAUCAGCAUCGUCGCCCGAGCCCGAAAGUCGCCCUUGGCACUGCGCCUUCGCACCAGCGGGCGAGUCGCUGCCAAGCCUCGUCGUUUGACUGUGAACUUGGACGCAGAGCCGAAAUCGAGGUGGAGCUUUCUGGCGAAGGAGCCUGGCUUCGAAGAUUACCGGGCCAAGGCGGCGGGCUACUUGGAGAAGUAUAUCCCGGCGAGUCUGCUUCCCAUCGUGAACCGCAUCGCCGAGAGCCUGGAAUCGGCGUACUACAAGGACUACGCCCAAGAGAUGCAGGGACUUGCUUCCGCCCUGAACGUCUCUGUCGGAGAGAUCGUUCUCAUCAACCUCGUGUAUCAAGUGGAGGGAAUUGGGACCUCCUGUGCGAAAGUGAACACGACGGGGCCCUGUCCGAGCAAACAGCAAGGGCCAGGUCUUUGUUCGGCCCUGGUAGCUCACGGACCAAACGCUGGAGAUGCGGUUUGGCAAGGCCGGAACUUGGAUUGGGACCUCGAUGCAUCCCUGCUUGAGUACGUUGUGGAGGUGGACUACCAGCGCGGUGGCAAGACGGCCUUCACGGGAGUGCAGGUUGCUGGCAUGAUCGGGAUCCUUCAUGGCGUGUACGGGGGCAAGUUCUCCGUUCAGCUCAACGCACGGGAUCGCGGUGGCAGCGUCAUCGUGAAUCUUUUGGAGGAGAUACUUCUUGGUGGCAAGACUCCGACGCAUGUCAUGCGCAAGGCCAUGGAGACCGCGAAGGACUUCGACCACUUCGAGCUCUUGCUGCUGUCAGAGCGCUUGGCGAACCCUGCCUACUUCAUCGUCGCCGGCGCGCAGCAUGGUCAGGGUGGCAUCAUCACCCGCUCUCGCCACGGCGGCCACGCCUGGCGCCUUGGGGAACCGCAGGCCAUGGACCCGCACGGCCUCAACCCGCAGCCAGACUGGUUCCGCCUGCAAACCAACUACGACCCUUGGACAGCCGUCCCGGCCUACGACAACCGACGCAAGCCGGGCGUGGCCAACGCGGCUGACUUCUGCAGCAAAGGUGUGGAUGUGGAGUGCAUGACCAAGGUCAUGACCACGUGGCCCACCAAGAACCACCACACGGACGUCACGUCGGUGAUGUGCCCACGCACAGGCUUCAUGAGCACCUCGGUCUGGCAACAUGCACCCGCGGCUGAGACGAUGGUUGUUUAG